AUGCACUUCACCAAGGCUAUUUCCGGUCUCGCGGCCCUCGCCAGCCUCGUCACCGCCCACCCGGGCCACGACGUCGCUCAGGAGGCUGCGGAGCGCCGCAGCUACCUCCAGUCCGUCAAGCGGACCUCGCUCGCCCACUGCGCCGACAAGCUCAAGGCCCGCGGCACCAGCGCGCGCAACGUGGCCAGACGCCAGGCCGUCGUCGAGAAGGCCCGCCGGAAGCGCGGCCUCAAGAAGCGCGACUUCGACGCCGUCCUGGGCACCGACCACAACAAGACCGCCCUGGGCUACACCCGCAACACCGACGCCGCCACGCUCUUCUCCGGCUACAAGUCGUGCCUUCUCACCCCUGAGGUGACCCAAGGACCGUACUAUGUCGCCGGCGAGUACGUCCGCGAGGAUGUCGUCGAAGACCAAGCCGGCGUGCCCCUCCUCCUCGACUACCAGGUCAUCGACAUCGACUCCUGCGAGCCGAUCCCCGAAGUGUACCUCGAGAUCUGGCACUGCAACGCCACCGGCGUGUACGGCGGCGUGGUCGCCAACGGCAACGGCGACAGCAGCGACGCGUCCAACCUGGACAACACCUUCCUGCGCGGCAUCCAGGCCACCAACGCCGACGGGGUGGCGCAGUUCGAGUCGGUGUUCCCGGGCCACUACACGGGCCGCACGCCGCACAUCCACGUCAUGGUGCACACCAACGCGACGCUGCAGGCCAACGAGACGCUGGGCCUGGACAACUACGCCAGCCACGUAGGGCAGACCUUCUUCGACCAGACGCUGAUCUCCGCGGUUGAGGCCGUCGAGCCCUACGCCAGCAACACCCAGCCGCUGACCACCAACGCGCAGGACGGCAUCAUGGCGCAGGAGGCCGGCACCGAGGGGGUCGACCCCGUCAUGGAGUACACCCUGCUCGGCGACAGCAUCGAGGAUGGUCUGUUCGCGUGGAUUGCGUUCGGUAUUGACUCGUCCAGGUCCGAGGCCAUCAACCCGGCCGUGUACUACGGUGAGGGCGGCGGUGUUGCCAACCCAAGUGGAGGCUUUGGAGGUCCUGGCGGCCCUGGUGGUCCUGGAGGCUCGCCUACCGGCUCGCCGCCGCCGGCUGAGACUGCCACGCCUACCACUGCUGCGGCUGCCGAUGAGACCGCCGCUCCUACCACGUCUGCUGCUGCCGCUGAUGAGAGCGCCGCGCCUGGGAAGGGCUGCGGUCGUGGUAUCAACCGUGGCCAGAGGGAGUAA